GCCAACGUGCGAGACCUAGGAAGGGGACAACGGGAGUACCCGGUUGUAGAGGAUCGGUGAGAAGUCAAAAAACAUGGCGAGUCAGAGGAUAACGCGUGAGACUUUUGAUGCUGUAGUGCAGGAGAAAAUGAAGAGGUAUCGAAUUAGUAUGGACCAAGCGAUCUCUGAAACAGUAAAGGAAUUUCAGCUUGACGGACCGACAAAAAAUCUCUCAAGAAUUCCAAUGGAGAGCUACAAUUCUCUUUUUAGGGACAGCGAAAGAUAUGGUUAUCGUGAUUCUUUAAGCAGAAACUGGGAUAUUGAGACACGGAGAGAAGAUUUAGCUCGUCAGUCAUACCAGUUAAGAGAAUACGGAAGAGAUCUGUCACCAGGAAGGCUCAGUGAUCAGAUUUUAGACAGGUGGCGUUCAGAUGACCCUCUGACAAGGGAGCGUCUGUUAAGGGAGGAACUUAGUGCCACUAACCGUAGGAUUUAUGAACUUGAUCCGCUCAGAAACAGGGAGCGCGAGGAGUUACUUUCUAGGGAUUUGGAUGGCCCCAGACGUUGGGAGCUUGAACGUGACCCUCUACGUUCUCCAGACUACAGUAUGGUCCGGCCAGACGUCUACAGGGAAUUUCGUUCAGCACCUCAAGGAGAGCGCUUUCAACAGAGAGCAGAUUAUACAGGUCCUGUUCAAAAUCUGUUCAGGUCUCCAGGAGCAAGGGGAAAGAUGUCUGUAAAGCAGGCUCGUGGAGGCAUGAUGCAGAAGGGUCCGGGUGGAAAGGCGCAGGCAGGGCGUCCAUUUCAGGGUGGCAAAGCAGGACAGACGAUGAGUGGAGCAAGCCCAAGUCAGAAAACCGGAAAGGCUGGUGAAUCCUCGGGGAAACAGACUGAAAACGAUUCUGUGAAGAAGACAGAAACGAAUGUCAAAGAUGCCAACAGUCCUGUCACUAAAUUCAGUAUGCAGAUGAUGCGGUGGGCCAAGUUCAAUACAAUGGAAAACGAUAUGGACCAUAUAAAACAGCACAAAGCUUUGUUCAAGGUGAAAACCGAAGCCUGCAAGAUGAUCGUUGAAUGCUUUAAAAGUGUCAUGAGUUCAAACCACAGGGAACGCUGUUUUACUGGGGUUAAAUUUCUAAGUCACCCAGCUUUGAAGAACCCCAAAAUUGACAAUGAUCUGUUGGAUUUACUGAUGGAGAAACAAGCUGUGAAGAGCAAAAAUGAUUUCUUUGAAGCCAUAAAGCCUUUCGACAAGGAGAUGAUGGUUAUCCAACAGAGGCUACUAAGAAGUGUAAUUCCUUUGCUAAUGGCCUGUAACACUUAUGAACUAAAACACUCUAUCCUCACCGACCAACGCCAACUGCUUGGUGCUCUCAAGAGCACCGUGUUUUUGUGUCGCAAGUCAAUGGUGCUGCUGGGACAGACCUUUGCGUUGAUCUCCAGCUCCAGGCAGAAUAAUAUUAUGGAAGUCUUGGGGCUGAGUGAAAUGCAGCGGAAGCCUUCAGAGUAUCCAAAUUUCAAGGAUUCAUUCCUGUUUGGGAAGCAGUUCGUUGCUCAGCUGAAAGACUGGCUGAAGAAACCGGGCAACAAGUUACAAUUAAAAUCGCGCCCUGUGCCUGUGGAAAAGUCCGAGGAUGCUAAAGAGGAUUUCGAUGUCGAUGUUGAAGGCAAAGUUAAAAAGGAAGCUGACCCUGCGGUUGUAGCGGAAAUUGACAAGCUGGUAGAGAAUGCCAUGAAAGGGAGCCAAUCGGAAGGAGAACGUCCAGCAUUCUGGUUCUUAUUUGAUAAAGACAGCGGUGAAUAUUUAUAUUACCGUCAGAAACUAGCAGAAUUUCAGAAAUCUACCGGCCAGAUAUCCGUAAACAACGCUCAGACAAAAAAAACAAGGAGGUCCCCUGAAGAGCUAGCCUGUGAGUCUGUGAGGGCCAUGCUGUAUGCAAAAAAGGCACAAGCUGUGAAGAGAAAGCUUUUCAAGAACUUGGCAUACUCAAGGAGGCAAAAACUAAGGAAGAAUGCUACCCGUUUAUUCAGAAAAGUAUCUGUAAAGGUUGAGCCAAUGGAGGUAUUGUCGUCUUCGGAAGAUAAGGUUGAUACGGAUGAGAAAAUGCAUGAAAAUGAACCUUCUAGCUCAUCUUCCGUUCCUACGUCCUCAACCCAUACGUGCAUUUCUCCAGCCUCUUUCAGUGCAUCUGCUUCUGAGUCUGCUAUGGAUUCUGCCCCUGAAAAUUCUUCGACAUCUGUCCCAGGUUCCACCCCAAGCAAGGCUUCCUCCCCAACCCCUGCCAAGGCUUCUACUCCUGCAAAAGCUACUACCCCAACCCCUACCAAGGCUUCUACUCCUGCAAAAGCUACUACCCCAACCCCUGCCAAGGCUUCUACCCCUGCAAAAGCUACUACCCCAACCCCUGCCAAGGCUUCUACCCCUGCAAAGGCUACUACCCCUGCCAAUGCUGCUACCGCUGCAAAAGCUACUACCCCAACCCCUGCCAAGGCUUCUACCGCUGCAAAAGCUACUACCCCAACACCUGCCAAGGCUUCUACCGCUGCAAAAGCUACUCCCCCAACCCCUGCCAAGGCUUCUACCGCUGCAAAAGCUACUCCCCCAACCCCUGCCAAGGCUUCUACCGCUGCAAAAGCUACUCCCCCAACCCCUGCCAAGGCUUCUACCGCUGCAAAGGCUACUCCCCCAACCCCUGCCAAGGCUUCUACCGCUGCAAAAGCUACUCCCCCAACCCCUGCCAAGGCUUCUACCGCUGCAAAAGCUACUACAACCCCUGCCAAGGCUUCUACCCCUGCAAAAGCUACUACAACCUCUGUCAAGGCUUCUACCCCUGCAAAAGCUACCACCUCAACUCCUGCCAAGCCUUCUGCCCCAGGCAAGGCUACCACAGUGGCACCAUCCAAGACCUCCUCAACCCCUGGCAAGCCUCCUGCCCAAGCAAAAGCUAUCACCCCAGCCCCUGCCAAGUCUGCUGCUCCAUUAAAAACUACCACACCAGCCCCUGCCAAGUCUACUGCACCAGGAAAAGCUUCCACUACAACCAAUGUCAAAGCUACCAAGGCUUCUGCCCCAGCUAAGACUUCUACCACAACCUCCACAGCAACUGCUGCCAAGGCUUCUGACCCUACCGUAGCCUCCACCGUAACCUCAGAAACUAAGUCACAGGCUGAGGAGCCUUCUGAAGAUGUUAAGGAUGAGUCUGCACCAGGUUCCCAGUGUUUGGAUGUUGAUGAGAAGACCAAGGACACGGCUGUAAAGCUGGCACAGUUUGUCGCUCAGAUGGGUCCAGAAAUUGAGCAGUUCAGCAUGGAGAACAGCGUUAACAACCCAGAAUUCUGGUUUCUGCGUGAGAAGGAGAGUCCAGCCUACCUUUUCUAUAAGAGUAAGGUGGAGGAGUUCAAACUUGCGGAAGAAGAGGCAUCUGAUGAUGAUGAUGACGACGACGAUGAUUUGUUGGAAGAUGACGGCGAUUUGGAGAAUAUAAGGAUUGAUGAUGCCCAGCUUUUGGAUGAUUUAGAUGAUGUGGAGAUGGAAGCCGAAUGUGAGGCAGCUGAGGCUCCCAGCACUGAAAAUCCACUAGUCGCUGCAUUUAGUCAAAUGCCAACACCAGCACGGCCGCCAAUGCCACGGAAGAGGGUCUCAAAAUUGAAAGUUGGAAUGCUGCCGCCCAAAAGAGUGUGUCUUGUGGAUGAACCCAAAGUUCAUGAUCCAGUACGUAUAGAAUAUGACCGUCCACGAGGGCGUGGUACCAACAGAAGAAAGAAACCUGCAGAUCUGGAGUUUGCCAACAAGAAACUGACACAGGAGAAUGUGGGUUUCCAGAUGCUGAGUAAAAUGGGCUGGAAAGAAGGACGCGGACUUGGAUCUGGCGGGUCUGGGAUAAAGAACCCCAUAAAAGUGGGGGCAGUGUCUGCUGGAGAGGGCUUAGGUGUGGAAAAUAAAGAGGGUGCAGAUUCCCAAGAAGACAACUUUGACGUCUUUCGACAAAGAAUGAUGCAAAUGUACAGGCAAAAAAUGGGUAAAUAGUUUUGCAGAAUCGCUGAAGACAACAGAAAUCCCUGAAAAUAUAGAAUCUGCUAACACGCUAUUUUAGCUUUUAUUUUACGGAACAAAGAAAGUGUAUGUUUGAUCAUUACAUUAUUUAAUGUUGUCCUAAGAUUUUUGUCCCAAAAAGGUUAUAUAUAUAGAAUUUUUUUUUUCUAUUAAUUUUAAAACACUUAUUAGAAACAAAGUGUCAGAAUGUUUUCUUUCUUAGUAACGACAGAUGUGUGUAUUUUUUUUCAACACCAGGUAAAUAUAUAAAUGAGUUGCCCUGGAGUGCUUCGUCAUUUCAAGUGAAGUAAAUGUAUUUUUAGUAAAACCGUUCAGUUAUGUCAAUUUAGUAGUGAAUUGGAGAAUCGUGGCCCCAUGGCUGACCAGUUGGUCACAUAAAGAAAGUUGAUUUGCAUGUUCUGUUUAACACUCCCAUUUGAAAUUCUUGCAGGUCAUACUGUUAUCCUUGCUGAGUUUUUUCCCCCAUUGUGAUGUCUCAUACCUUCCAAUAAAGUACCUUUUUAGAUGAAAAAAAUAAA